GUAGAAGGGCGCCUGAUUCAAAAUGUCUGAUCCGUUCAAAGAAAACAAGACGGGUUUCUCUUCUUUUACCGCACGAAGUAAAACCAAACUACCACUCCUGAGAACACCGUGGUCUUCUAAAAGGUACACACCAUACACAAGAACCCCUAAAACUGGACGUGUUUCAAGAAUUCCUACAAAAAAUCCGCCGAGCUCAGAACAAGGCGUUUUGAGGGAUACGACGAAUCUUACUCCUGUAAACAAAGCAAAAGUUUUAGGAAAACCGACUCCAAAUGCUACGAUAAAGAAGGAAAAAGAACUAACCGAGAUAAAUGAAGACAUUUUAUCCGUUGUUGGGAAGACUUGGAGGAUAAAUCAGUGCUCUCCUUUGUAUAACUUCGACUACGAGAAGUCGUCUUUGCAGAAAUACCAAAAGCUUUUAUCAGCCCAUCUUGAAUCAGAUGCUGCUAAGGGAAUUGCAUUCGAAGUCGAUGAGGAUUUAAAGAACAGCACAUUUAGGGCAGAAUUUGACGUUCUGAAAGACUUCUCCUUCUAUGAUACAGACUACACAGGGCUUAGAAUCAAAGUGUUUUCGAGGAAAAAGCAAAACACUGUAAAGAAUGCCAAUGGAAUGGAAUUACGAAUCCCAGUCUUGGAUGCUAUUUUUUGUUAUUUUGGGAAUGAAUUCGAGGACAAAAGAGAAGUAGAGUGUUUUACCUCUCUUCCAGUAUGUCUGGUUAAGGGACCUAUGGCUUUAGCCAAGUGUGUUUUUAAUUGGUUUGAAGCACAGUUUGACUGUAGGAUGAUACCUAUGCAGUUUUCUCCUAUGGACUUGAGUUGGUAUGCUUCUCUAUGGGCAGGUAUUGUUCCUAAAGGAUCAAAGUCAGAGUUAGAACUCUGUUACAGUGUACCGUCAUCUGUGAAAGGACUCAACAGAGUGAUUUACAGCAUAAAUGCACUGGAUGCUCAAAAAUUAUGGAAUUGCCACCACACAAACAAUUCAGCUAUCUUCACAGACGAGGAGUCUUCGUGCUUCAUGAAAGCAUUGGAAUCUCAUUUUUAUCGUCACUUCAGAGUUAAUCUAGGUGCCCUAACAUUAACAAGGAUUGGGAACCCUCUGGUCUUUAUUGGUUGCGAAGGACGUAUCAAGAUUUCUCAAGCUAUGUAUGUUAGACACAUACUACAGCAAAUAACUGCAUCAAUCUCAGAAAAGGAAGCACUUGGCAGAUUGUAAAUUUAGUUUUUAAAUUAGGARAUUGUAUAAAAUUUGGUUUUAAAACUAGUUAGUUCACGAGAUUUUAAUCAUCAUAAAUAUAUAUUAAGAGUUAGUGUAGCCUCUGCAAGAUUUGAGCUAAUAACUGUCUAUCAUGGAUACUAUCAUUUUCUGGGUUGCGAUGUGAAGCAAAAAUGUGUUUAUAUUGCUGACAUAAGUUUACGAGACAAAAUAGACAAAAUACUUAGAUUUUUUGAAAAGCCGUUAGCUUGCUAAAAAAAGAGUAUUCUUGUUAGAGUCUUAAUAGAAUGCCACACAUUCACACAAGCAUUCUAUAUAUAUUGCAUAUAUUACAUACACGCUCACACACCAUUUUGUAAAUUUCUUUCAAAGACUUAUUAUCAUGUGAGUAACUUAAGGUAUUAGCCAAUCCACUAUGUACAAUAUUGGGGCUGCCCAUUGUUUAAAAUUAAAUAUUUUAUGCCUGC